AUGUGGCCGAAAGAGAGCAUUGCACUCUUGGCGCCGAGGGCUGCAUUGCUGUGCGAGGGAAGUGCCUUCAAGAAGGUGUCAAGCUUACCUGCUGACAAAUUGAAGUCUUCAGAUGAUAGCGGUGUAAAGCUUUUGGUGGCAACCUUGGGUGGCUCAUGGGGUCGUACAGAUGUGGAGGUAAAGUAUGACACGUUUGAGCGGGCCAUCUUUGGAACAGUUCAGAAGUCAGACGAGACCAAUGAUAGCUACCUGGCUAGGCACGACAUUCAUUUUGAGGAGCUUUUGGCUUUGGGGGUGACACUCCCUGAAAUCCGGGCCUACAUUCUCCUUCGUCAGUCUUCUCUAUCCUCAGAGGAUCGCAAGAAGAUCGUUGUGGAGAUGGGAGGGGCCUUGGAUUUCAAGAAGGUUUGUGCAUCGAUCAGAUUGCUGGGUUCCCGGUUCUUUGCAGAUUUGCAGGGUCAGAAGGGGACAUACAAGACGAAGACGUAUGAUGCACACAUGGUUGAAGACGCCGGGCCCGAGGAUACCGAGCGCGCGUAUCAGGCCUCGGCUUCUGCAGCUCCCCCGGCUCCUGUGGAGGAGCCUGAAGGAGAUCUCGAUGCCGAGUAUGUCGAGGCGAUGGUGGCGGCUGAAGAUCAAGACGCCCUCCAGAUUCAGGCCUUUGAGGAGGAGUUGGAGGGUUUCUUUCAGGAUACCCCGGAGCUCCAGGAGGCUUUGGUGAGCUAUUUGGAGGCCAGGUCUAGAUUAUUGGCCAAGCGGAAAGCCAGAGGUUUUUGGCCCAUCGCAUCCGGCCAGAAGAGAGCUAAAGGCAGCAAAGGUUUCAAGGGUAAAGGCAAGGGCAAGAAUGCGUGUGAGCAGCUGUUGUUGAGGAUCUCCAAGAGCAAUUGCCGCAUCUGCGGCGAGCGUGGCCACUGGAAAGCCGAGUGCCCCAAACUCGGCCGAGGAGGAGCCAAGAAUGAGGCUACCACGACCGUGGCAGAGGUGACCGGCUCAGCCACAGGUGAGCACUUGGAUGAUGAGAUUCACACUCAGCUUCCCGCAGAAGCCGUGUCCCUUGCCGAGGACGAUCGCUGGGACAUGGUGGCGACUCCGAGUGCGGUGCUACAUGUCGAGGGCCAAGUGAAUGUUCUUUCCGAUCGCAUGACGAAGGUUCCUUGGCAUGAGAUUCAGCUUACCGGGAGGUUCUCACCCGAGUUGUCAAACUUACUCAGCCCGAACACUCCUUUACCACCAUCGCCAUCUCAUGCAAUGAGAAGUCUGGAUCGCCAAGCCGCCCGGUCCCAAUCAGGCAAUCGCACCUUGAUGGUUGCCUUUGCACUUCAGGAGCUUUCUGAGACCUCCCUUUGCUCGGAGUUGCCCGUGUUGGAUAACACCCAUCGGCCUGACCUGGUGCCUGUGGAGUCUCCCCUCCGUCAGCAGCUCCAAUCCGUUGGUCAGCUCAAGGAGAGCACGUUUGUCCCGGCCAUGAGAGUCAUCAGCCGAUUGCCGGAAAACUCAGAGAACUGCAAGGCAGAUCGGUCCGAGCAUCCCAAGCCCCUGCUGUCCUCACCCGCAAAAGGCAAUGUGUCUGAGUAUCAAUGCCUUGGUUUUGAGGAUCGCACCACGAUGCACCACGAUCGUCAGAGGCUGCGGAUUGCUCCAGUGAAGACUCUGCUUACAAUCUUUGCUCAAACACAUCCACAAGAGCAGCCCGCAUCAGCUGACCCACCUAGCCUGGAGGGCUGGGGACCUCCGCCGAUUCCGCUCCAUGGCCCAUCAUAUCGAAGUUUGUCUAAUGAAGACAAGAUCCGACUGCGAAAGAUCCAUGCAAAUCUUGGUCAUCCCGCCCCGGAGAGCCUCGCUCGACAUUUGAGAGCUGCUAAAGAAAGUCAGAUGAUGAUCGAUGCGGCCUUGGACUAUCAGCCAGCUGUUUUCAGCAAGCUCGACGGGCUGACAGUCGUCAAGGUCCUGGGCUAUUUUCAGGGUUUGAAUACCAAGACAUAUGUGACAACCGCCGCUUGGCAGCGCGGUCGCCUUGAACGGCAUGGAGAUAUCCUCAAGGAUAUGCUUUCCCGAAUAGAUCUUGAAUCUCCCAUCAUCAAUGAUGUCACCUUUGAUCAGGUCUUGCAGCAAGCCAUAUUAGCAAAGAACUCCUUGGUCCGCCAUUCCGGAUUUGCCCCUGAGCAGAUUGUGUUCGGUAAAUCAUUGCGGCUUCCGGGAAGUAUUUUGUCCGAUGAGGAUCUGACUGCCCAUGCCCUUGCUGAAGGUGCCGACUUAGAGUCGGAGGCCUUUCGCCAGAAGCUUGAUAUCCGAUGCAAGGCUCGCCGAGCCUUUCUUGAAGCAGACAAUUCCCAAGCUAUCAGACAGGCGACUUUGCGUCGGAGCAAUCCUGUUCGUGGCCCUUUUGAAGCCGGGAUGUGGGUGCUGUACUGGGUUAAGAAAAGCUCGCCAAAUCGCUUGGCAGCAGGCCAGCUUCCCUGCGUGAGUGGCAACACCUCACGGAUUCUUCCUUGGGAGAGUCCUCCUGGAAAAAUGUUGGAGGUGAUACCACAGUACUGGUCCCUACGGUUUCAGCGCCUUCCCCUAAUCAUCCUGCGCCUCAAGGAGGUCGCUGAAGUUGAGCGCGAGUCCCCCGUGGACACCGCAGCCCCUUCGGCACCUGCCGACGUUACCGGCGAAAUGUAUGCAUCCCCUGUAGGAAACGAGGUUCCGCCACAGGAUGUUCCAAUACCUGACUCCGAUGAAGGUUUAAUCAGCGAGCAAGUGUAUCUAGCCUGCCAUGAAACCGGCCUCCAUGAUGAGAAGGGGGAUGAGCUGAUCACAUUCACUCAUGUUGAAACGUCCGAGGAUUUUGUGGGUCCACCUUUAGCCGAAGAUGGUUUACCUUUUGUCUCAGAGCCCCUGUGUCCUGAUGCCCACCAAGCAUUUUGUCUUGAAGUCCCGGUAAAGUCUAAAGACAUUAAAAAGUGGUUGAUUGAGAGCGCCCCGGAACAACUUGUCACUUUGGCAGCUGCUGGUAAACGUUCCCGUGCAGAGGUAAGCAUCAAGAAUUUGACCAAGGCCGAGAUUGCUCUUUUUGUGCUAAAGAGCCGGUGGAUUCUCACGUGGAAAGCCCCAGAGGAUUCCAGGACCCCAAACUUGUUGAAGUUUUACGGGAUGCACCUACGCUUUCACGUGAAGGAUUCAUAUGUUCGCAACAUUCCAUCCAUCGAUGUAGGAGAGGUUCAGGGGGCGAUAACAAGGGCUACGGUGGCUACUCUUCUCCUCGCCAAUAAGGUUCUUCGGGAGGCUCAAGAGUUUGGCAAUGUAGGCAUAACAUACUUACCCAUCGAAGUGGACCGCUUGACCUUCGUGUCCUUUGGAGACGCCUCGUUUGCAUCGUCCAAGUGUCUGUCUUCCCAUCAGGGAGCUUUAAUCUGUGCAACGGAUGACCGUCUGCUGGCCAAUAAAGAAGCUCCCCUGUCUCCCUUAACCUGGAGCUCCAAGAAAAUUCCUCGGGUUGUUCGGUCAACGUUGUCAGCAGAAGCCUACGCGAUGUCCAAGGCCGUGGACAUGUUAGGCUGGAUGCGAUGGGUGCCCACGACAUUGCAAGCUGCCGAUUGUCUGACGAAGCCCAUGGAUGCUUCCGUCUUGCGUACCAUUCUCGCCCAAG